ACUAAACCAAAGAAAACAGAGGGAUAUGUCUCAUUGCCAUUUUUCUCUUCAAUCUCAUCUUUGUCUGUCAGUCUCUCCCAACCCUUUCUAAGUUAUAGCUUCAAAGCCUGAGAAACGCUCUCUUCAAUUCUCCAUCCCAUCUCCACCGUCCAUUGUGUUGAUUUUCCUUUCGUUUGGCCACAAAGUCAAACUCUUAACUAUAUAAAAAUAUGAAGCAAAACUCAGAUUACAGACCGAUCAGUGCAAACUAAGAAACUUAUCAUAAGCUGCAACCACACAGGAUCCUCCCCUCCUCUGAGCUCCUUUCUUUGAUCCCUUUAAGCUAUUGCCAUUGAAGAACAGAAAAAAGAAGUCUUUUUGUUUUUAUUUUUGGGUUUUUUAUUGUAAAAAUUGAGAAUUGAGAAGAAAUGGAAGAAGAUAAGAGGAAGCCCUAGAGUGUCAUGAUCAGAUGAUAUUCUUGGGUGUAUGAUUAGGAGACGGCAUGAUCAACACAGCUAACGGUAUGAUGUCGACCUCAUCUUCAUCGGCGAACGCUCAAUCGCCGGGCUUGAAAACUUAUUUUAAAACCCCAGAAGGUCGAUAUAAGCUUCAGUAUGAAAAGACUCACCCUUCUAGCCUUCUUCACUACGCUCAUGGCAAGACUGUUACUCAGGUUACCCUUGCGCAUCUAAAGGACAAGCCAGCUCCGUCAACUCCAACAGCUUCAUCGUCCAGCUUCGGUGCUAGCACUGGGGUAAAAUCAGCUGCAGCAAGGUGGCUAGGUUCUGGAAACGGCAGCCGUGCUCUUAGCUUUGUUGGAGGGAAUGGUGGGAGUAAAAGUGUUAGUAGUACUAGUAGGAUUGGGUCAUUGGGUACUUCAAGUUCAAGCACUUCAAUGACUAAUACAAAUUUUGAUGGGAAAGGAACUUAUUUAAUCUCUAAUGUUGGUGAUGCUAUUUUUAUAAGUGAUUUGAAUUCUCAGGAAAAGGAUCCAAUAAAGUCUAUCCAUUUCAGCAAUUCAAACCCUGUCUGCCAUGCGUUUGAUCAGGAUGCCAAGGAAGGGCAUGAUUUGCUUAUUGGGUUGAAUUCUGGUGAUGUUUACUCCGUGUCACUGAGACAGCAGUUACAGGAUGUUGGAAAGAAACUUGUUGGGGCACAUCAUUACAAUAAAGAUGGUUGUGUCAAUAACAGUCGCUGUACUAGUAUCGCAUGGGUUCCUGGAGCUGAUGGUACUUUUGUGGUUGCUCAUGCUGAUGGAAAUAUGUAUGUAUAUGAAAAGAACAAGGAUGGUGCUGGCGAUUCUUCAUUCUUUGUUAUAAAAGACCAAACUCAAUUUUCUGUAGCACAUGCACGUUACAGUAAGAGUAAUCCCAUUGCAAGGUGGCAUGUUUGUCAAGGGUCAAUUAAUAGCAUUGCUUUCUCCUUUGAUGGGGCCUACUUGGCCACCGUUGGAAGAGAUGGCUAUCUGCGAGUGUUUGAUUAUCCAAAAGAACAGCUUGUAUGUGGUGGCAAAGGUUAUUAUGGUGCUGUACUGUGUUGUUCUUGGAGUAUGGAUGGGAAAUAUAUUCUGACUGGGGGCGAAGAUGAUUUGGUUCAAGUUUGGAGUAUGGAAGAUCGGAAGGUUGUGGCAUGGGGUGAGGGGCACAACUCGUGGGUCAGUGGAGUGGCGUUUGAUCCAUAUUGGUCAUCACCUAAUUCAGAUGGCACAACGGAGACUGUGAUGUACCGAUUCGGUUCUGUUGGACAGGACACACAAUUGCUAUUGUGGGACUUGGAAAUGGAUGAAAUUGUGGUGCCACUACGUCGAUGCCCUCCCGGAGGGUCUCCUACUUACAGCACCGGGAGCCAGUCUUCCCAUUGGGACAAUGUAUCCCCAUUGGGUACCCUGCAACCUGCCUCGAGCAUUCGAGAUGUUCCAAAAAUUUCGCCAGUGGUUGCUCAUCGCGUACACACUGAACCCCUCUCGGGUUUGAUUUUUACCCAGGAAUCUGUACUUACGGUUUGUCAAGAGGGGCACAUAAAAAUCUGGAUGAGACCAGGUAUUACAGAAAGUCAAUCAAGCAACACCGAAACAUUAAGUAGCAGCGCCAAGGAUAAGCUAUUACUUCCCAGCAAGACUGGUGGUUCUAGCUACAAGCAAUGAUCAGACCAUCAUCAAGAUUCGAGACAAAACAAAGGUGGUGGUUUCAUUUUUUCUGUCAUUUUGAUUUGCAAGUUUGGCCACUCACCGCUUUAACCCACCCGUUGGUUGUCUUGAACUACAACCGUGUGAACUGAAUUGAAUUCCAGUGAGAUGAAUCCAUUUGACAGCACGAAAGAGUUGUGGAGGACGAAAGACCCUCCAUUAUAAAAGUACAAACGGCUAUUCCUAGAGUAUAUGAUGACACUGACACGAAUAACAUUAAGUUGCUCCUUUAAGAUUUGUAUUUCUUAGAGGCGAAUUUGAGUUAUUUAUUAUUGGUGAUGGAUCAUCGCCGUUAAGAUUAUGAUUUUUUUGUUGGAUCAUUGAAAGACUAAUGUUGAACAUGUGGAUAGCUCCGCGAGUUAGGUGUCUGGGCUUACACAGUUUUUCUUCAAAUUUGGGCAAAUCAUGAUUAUCAGAUGGGAUUCAACCA